AUGGUCAUCGGCGACCGUCUCGGCGUCGUUCAAGGGCCGCACGGUGUUGACAUCAACGUUCUCGUCAGCAUUGGACUCGACCGACGUGCGUCGAGGCUGCGGGAGAAUGAGUCCAUGAUGUCCGGCGUGGCACCAUGGUCGGGACUUUUCCUAUUCUAUACUUGGCACUCGUCCCUGAACUCCCUUCACAAACACCAACAAAGUGGCCUGAUCGAGUACGAUCCGAUCGCCCACCUGAACUUGCUCUUCUCGCAUCCGUCCACCGUCCCCUCCGUUGCGCGCGUCUCGUCGACCAUCCAGCGCCACAAAGAUGGCCUCUCUCGCUCGAUCACGGCCCUCGAGACCGCCCAGGCUUACGGGCCCGACUCGUCGCUGGAGCGCAUGCAGUCAGCCCAGGCCGAACUGGCGUCCCUCUUCCAGCGUAUCGAGAGUGUACGCAGCCGUGCCCUGCAGACCGAACGAGACAUCACGACCAUGACCGCCGACAUCAAGCGCCUGGAUGGCACAAAACGCAACCUCACCCUCAGCAUGACCGCCCUAAAACGGCUGCAGAUGUUGACUACCGCCUACGAACAGCUGCGCGGCCUCUCUCGGACCCGCCAGUACCGCGACUACCGCAGCAUCGAGCAAAUCGCCGUGCUGAGCCGCAAUGUCAGCGAUCUACAGCGUGAGCUGCUCGAGCAAGUCUGCGAGGAUUUUGAGAUGGCUUUUGCGAAGGGGGAGGUGGCUUCCCGUCGCGGUAUCUUGGUCGAAGCCUGUCUGGUCAUGGAUGCCCUCGGUGAUCACGCCAAGACGAGGCUGGUGACGUGGUACGUCAACACAGAGCUCCGGGAGUACCGCCAGGUCUUCCGGGGCAACGACGAGGCAGGAAACCUCGACAAUAUUGGGCGCCGCUACGCGUGGUUUAAGCGCACACUUAAGACGCACGAGGAGGAGCACGCUGCCAUCUUUCCCCCCCACUGGCGGGUCGGCGAGACACUAGGGAUGGCUUUUUGUGACGGCACGCGGGAUGACUUCAAGGGCAUCCUCGAAAAGAGCAUGCGCCGGAUUGACGGGGCCAAGCUCGACGUCAACCUGCUUCUCAGCUGUCUCCAGGAGACGAUGGAUUUUGAGCAGAGCCUGGAACACUUCUGGCACACCAACACCAACCAAUUAGAGGAGAGCAUAAAGAAGCGCAUCGACCCAGACAUGGCAUCAAAGGUGGACCUCUCGUCGCAGUCCGACUCCUUCAUGGGGGUCGCCAGCGCCGCCGUCAUGUCCUUGGUGGCUAAGGUGGAGCUCGAUUGCGAAGGGGCCUGGCGGGAGAUGAAGAACACCAACUGGAGCCGCAUGGAGAGCGUCAGCGACCACAGCUCGUACGUUGGCGAGCUUCUCAAGCACAACCUCCUCUCCUACCACAACACAUCGACCACCGCACCACCACCACAACCGGCAGCGCCCUCUACUCCCCUCUCCCCCUCCUUCCCACCGCCCCCCAAAACCCACCCCCCAGCCGGCUUCAUCAAGCAGGUCACCCAAUCCAUGACGCGCAUCGACCCGCUGCUCAAGACGCUACAAGUCCGCCCUUCCCCGCCGGAGAGCCUCGUGCAGGCGUACCUGAUCCACAUCGGCGACCGCUCCGACACCAACUUCCGCAAGAUCCUCGAGCUCAAGGGCGUGCGCAAGCAGGACCAGCCCCUCCUCCUCGAGCUGUUCGCCAUCCACCGCGAGAGCCACCACCACCCGGCCGCCGCCGCGGGAGCCCUCGUGCAAAACUCCCCGCUGCUCACCCCGCUCAUGGCACCCGGCGGCUCGGCGCUGUCGUCGUCGUCCGUGGGUGGUGUCGGUGGGGGUGGUAUUGGUGGGGGUGGUGCUGGUGCUGGUGGUGGUGUCGGCGGGCCGGUGAGUGCGGGGUUGCAGGGUCGGUUUGAUGCCGCGUCGUUGGGGGAGAAGUUGUUGAAUGCGGCGCGGGACGGGGUGGAGAGGAUGGGGACGGCGCCGGGAGCGGGCGGGGUGGGCGUGGGUGCGCAGGAGAAGGCCACGAUUAAUGAGAAUUUGAAGAAUAUCGUCGUUGUGUCUUGA